GUUCGGCCAAGCAAUCAACUGGCACCCAGAUGUCUCAACAUAAUCAUCAUAAUGAACAAAGACACAUUUAGGACAUAUUUGGAGGAAGGGAAGUAUGACUCUAAAAAUUGUAGGAAUUUGUUUUUAAGUUUGCAGUAAAUUCUAAAUCACCUUUUCAAUUCAAACUUAUUAUGAGCAAGUGAUUCGUUUUGAAGCCUCCAUGUUAAUCCAGAUUCUUUUAAAAGUUAACCAAAAAAUUGGCAGUAGGACAUCUUUCAAAGUUGGCUAAAUUUCCCCUGUAAUCACUAAAAAACACCUCUUUAAUUUACCAGAAAAUACUCUUCAACCAUCCUAAUUUGCUGCAGGAUACCGGAGUCUACUUUUUAUUCAGAUUAAUUGAAAAGUAAUAAGAAAUGGACAAAUUACCUUAAGCUAUGCAUGCGUGGUCAAAAUUUAUGCAAUUCUUACACUCCCUACAUACGUGGUCAAAUGCUCCAGCAACGGCCAAGUUUAGGCCAUCCCGGUGCCUAGAAACGAGCUCCGCCUCUCACGUGCAGCUGCGCAUGGCCUAUUUCAUCCACUUGACCCUCUAUUUUUGAGUUGCUCGCUCGAGGCUUGACAUCAUCUCGAUCAGGUUGCUAGAUCCCAUCGCAUCGUCCAAGAAACAGAAGAGGACGGGCCACCAUGCCGCAGUUGCGUAGCCUCGUCGCGCUGCUCCUGGCUGCCACGGCCGUGGCUGCCGUGGCCGUCGCCGGCGCAGGCAAGCCGGGGUUCGUCGUCACCGGGCGCGUGUACUGCGACAACUGCCGCGCCGGGUUCGAGACCAACGUCUCCCACAACAUCCAAGGCGCGACGGUGUCGAUGGAGUGCCGGCACUUCGAGACGCAGAAGCUGCACGACAAGGCGGAGGCGACGACGGACGCGGGCGGGUGGUACCGGAUGGACAUCGGCUUGAACCGGGAGGGCGUCAGCGCCGCGCUGCCCGGCCGCAGCGCCCGGUCGUGCCGCCUCCGCUGGUGCCAGCACCUGGCCCCCGGCGUCGCCGCCGGCCGGCCCUUCUCCGCCGAGGAGGACGCGCUCAUCGUCGCGUGCCACCGCGCCCACCCCAACAAGUGGGCCACCAUCGCGCCCACGGCCAUGGCGGCGUUGAGGGCGAUGGUGCAGGCUGUUCGGGCGCCGUAG